AUGAUCUUUCAGACCUGUGUAUUGAAAGGUAGCCAAGAAGAAAUGCGGGAGCGAGGGACAACAAUGCAACCAGAGCCAAAGCCACGAGGGCCACCAGGUCCACCAGGACCAGCAGGACGACCGGGGCCACUUGGGCAACGAGGGAUAUCAGCGCCAAAUGGACCACCAGGACCACAAGGGCUACCAGGACUACCAGGUUUAAAAGGGCCAGAAGGGCCACCAGGGCCACGAGGGCCACAAGGGCCACGAGGAAAGGAUAUUGGACCUCUACGAACCAAAAGGAAUACCAGGGUAACAGAUAUAAACUGCAAAUUAAAGCUUUAG